AUGAAUUUCCUAGUCGAGAUUCUGAGUGGCUCAUCGUUCGAGAUUGAGGUGGAUUACAAGGAUACAUUGUUAGAGGUAAAACAGAAGAUCGAGAAGUCUCAAGGUAUCCCAGUUUCAAAACAAACCCUUAUCGUCGACGGCGUUGUUAUUCUUCGAGAGGAUCUCAACGUUCAACAAUGCCAGAUCCUCCACGAUUCUCUUCUCCAACUCGACGUAUCUUCUGACGAGAACCCUAAUGACAACGGUGACGAUCAAAUACCCCAAAUCGAGCAAUCUCCAGAACCGUGGAUUUCAGUUGAAGAGCACUUUGAGGGGCAAGGUUGGCCUUUGACAACCGAUGAGAUCAGAAAGAUUUAUAGUUAUCAGACAAAGACAACCCAAGGGAUCAAUAAGGUUCAAGAUUCGCAAGUGAUGGUAAGAGGCAACAAUAGAGUCUUGACGAGAGUGAAGAUUGAGAGCGACAAUAACAAUGAUCAAGUGCUUCAAACCAAUCAAGCUCAAUAUUCGUCUUGGAAGCCUCCGAAUAUGAGACGUUGA